GGUGCAUGUAGGAAUGGCUACUUUCACUCCCAAUCUAAUCCAACCUCCUUUCAUCUCAUCGACAGCAUAUUUCCCCCAUAACUGAACUGGCUCGAAUUAUAGCGAAAAGUUCCCAAAUACGACUCGAGUUGCAUUGACACCCUCGAAAUUAUGUGGCCAUUCUAUGCCAUGGUCGGACCCUUGGGAAAGCGGGGAUAAUGUGGGCCUCAUCACUCCUUAUCAAGACGCUCACGCUCAAGAGUGGGCUUUAUACAUCGCCAAUGCCAGUAUAGUCUUUGGUUCUGCGGUGGGAAUUCCUUCAUCCCCCCUUGUUGCCUCGAAAAAGUACAUACAAUAAGCGCGUGUCAAUUCUCCCCGGCAACUAUUGAAGCAUGUCAGAGCUCGGCAUCGAGCUCGGAGACGACGGCCAACAAGGAAGCAGCGGCCGCCCAGGACGAGUAUGGCGAGCAUGUCUUGAGUGUCGGAAGAAAAAGAGUAAAUGUGACGGCAAUGAUGUUUGCAAGCCUUGCAGGAAUCGAAACCGAGCCUGUAUAUAUCCUGAGAGCAAUGACAAUGCUUCAACAAGCCGACAGUUCUUGGCGACUCUGGAUGAGCGUUUCCAGAAAGUCGAUACGUUAUGUCAGCAUAUGGAGAAGAUGCUGGCCAAGUUUAAUGAAGUUAUUGGAAGUCUUGAGUCUCUCAAACAUCAAGUUCCUAAUACUUCUGUCCAUAUGUCCCAGCCAAUGCACAAUAAGACAGCGAAUAAACCUGAUUUAGGUGACACGAUGUCCUCAAAUGGUGCUCAGGUAGCUCUUAUUGAGGACGGCCAAGUCGAUGAGGGCGAGGAAUUCGAAGAUGGGAAUGAAGAGGCAGACGACGAAACCCCUAUCAAUAUCCAGGACCACGUGAUGACCCGAGAUUCGUACGGCAAACUCAGAUAUGUUGGAGGCACUGGGACAAUGGUCUUGAUCGAAGCAUUGAAGACAUUGAGCCCAGAAGCCGGAACGGGCAACACUCCACCGACUCCAGUUGACCUUCGACAUCGUGAAACUAAUACGAGCAUUCUUGAGCUACCUUUCUUCGAUCGUGGACGAACUUGGCCUCCAUUACCGUUCCUCCCAAAGGCAGAACAACUGAUUCGACCUCCUCGCUACGUCUCCGAUCUUCUUGUCAACCUCUACUUUGAUCACUUGCAUUUCUCUAUGCCCGUGAUAUACAAGCCACAUUUCAUGCAGCGGUAUAAUGUAUUAAUUAAUGAUCGGUCAGGGGAAACUCUUGAUCCUGGCUUUCUGUCUGUCUUCUUUGCUGUCUGUGCGUGCGCUUCUGGACUGUUGCCUCGAGAGCCUGGAAAUCCCGGCAUGUUCACGGGCUUACAAUACUAUGAAAGCGCUCUUUUACUGUAUUACAAGUCGACUGGAGAGGGCUCUAUUGAACAAGUUCAAUGUUUGGCAUUGCUCUCCAUAUGCACUGCUUGCUGGAAUACCCUCACGCAAAGCUGGAAGUUUGCUGGUCAAGCAGUCCGAGCAGCUCAAGAUUUAGGGUUACAUAGAUCUCCGGAAAGAGGGACUGGUGAGACUCUGAAAGAAGAGUUAUGCCGCCGAGUCUGGUGGAGCGUUUACGGAUUAGACAGACUCCUUUCAAUCUGCCUCGGUCGGCCCAUGGGCGUAGAAGACUCUGACUGCGAUUGCGAGAUACCUCUGGACCUCGAUGAUGACGAGCUAGAAUCGUAUUGCAAAGAGCAACCAGAUCUCAGAAUCAAGCCAGCAACACCUUCGCAACUCGCCGGCUUCAUAGCUUUCUCCAAGCUCUGUCAAAUAUUUGGAAAGGUUAUUCGUGCCGUCAAUCCGCUUCGAUGGCAGAACGGCCGCAGGAGGUCUACGACGAGUCGAUUAUCCGGAAAGGAGAAAUUAUUCGAGUCGCUCGACGCCGAUUUAUUUGAAUGGCUCAACACAGUACCUGAUUCGAUCAGAUUCUCUGCAAAUAGUGUGAAUUAUGACUCGCCUCAUCUGACGGUGGGCGUCAUUCUCUACAUCGUGCAUGCGGCUUGUGUGAUAAAUCUCCACAGACCUCUCAUUCCCGACCUCAACCGUGUCUCUUUCUCCAGCAAGCACCCUUCCUUCCUCCAAUGCGUCAACGCAGCGAGAAGUUGUAUCGGGGUGGCAGAACUCAUCCAAGCUCGCGUCCCUCCGUCCCACCACCUAGCAUUCUGCACGCACUACCUUGCACUCUCAGGAGUCCUGAUGUAAGUUUGGCUCUUCCAUCUUUGCCAUCAGUUCUAAUCUCACCCCAGACUCCGCCUUUCGUCUCUCACCCACGAAGACGCCACCGGUGACGUUGAAGCAUGUAUUCAUUUUCUAACCCAACUCGAAAAUGUUUGGGCUGGGGCUCGGCGAAGUAGACUGAUCAUUGAAGAGUUAUUAAAGCAGAGUAGGAUAUCGACAAGUAUUUGGGAUAUGAGCGGGAUUGGCGCAGACGAAAUGGGGGAGUACAUGCUUGGAGAGGAGGGUAUUGGUAUUGACUUACGAGGAUUCGACUUUGGGUAAAUAGGCCUAAUUCAAUUCGUGACUUGAGAAUGCUCAGCUUUG